AUGAAUUUCGUUGCCGUCAACUUGGCGCCAUUUGAUCAAGGUCACAAGAACACGACCCUCCUUCAAGAAGCCGUGUUUGAAGGACAAAGCUCGAUUCGACUCGGGCCAAAGCAAAUUGUUGAGUACAACAUGGAGAGGAGUGUGGGCAUUUUCAAUGACUUGGCCGUCGAUUUGGAUGUUACGAUAAGGGCUAAGUUUGGGAGGUUCAAUAGCAGCCGGUUCAAUUCGCAGUUUGUUAAGUGUCGCCGGCUCAGGGUUCCUUUGAUUUCGAAUGGUAAACCAGUGGCAACAUUUAAUGUUAGAAGGUGCAGUAGUCCUUAUUUCUUUCAGGAUUGGGAUGAUGAGGGAUAG